AUGACCGAUACCCAAGUAGUUGCAGAGUGGUACAAUCAAAAUGCAGUUCUGGAGCACAAUCGAUUGAAUGCUGGCCCCCUCGAGUUCUCGAUUUCGCUGAGGGUAAUUGACCAGUGUCUAGAGCAGCUACGACGGCGAACUGAUCAACCCCUGAGGAUUUUGGAUUUAGGCGGGGGGACAGGCCGCUACGCCGUUGAGCUGGCACGACAAGGCCAUUCAGUCACGCUGACUGAUAUCUCCAGGUCGGAGCUUCAGUUGGCUAAGUCCUUUGCCGCAGAGUCUGGUGUGACCCUCGACGCGAUUGUCGAAGCCGAUGCACGAGCCAUUCGGGUAUAUCCAAAGGAAAGAAAUUUACAGACCGUCUUUACAGCGUCCACCUAUGAUUUGAUUCUCUGCCAGGGCCCAAUGUAUCACCUCCUCGAGGAAUCUGAACGUAUACACGUCCUCUGUGCUUGCGCUUCCAUGCUUCGCGCCAACGGAAUUCUCGCGGUCGCAUUCGUCACGCAAUACGCGCAUUUGAGAGAUAUCGCUCAACGCGAUCCAGCUCGUCUCGCGACAGAAUUCGAUGAUUUUUAUCGUGAGUAUCUUUCUUCAGGGAGGUACACACGGAAUCCUGCUGUGCCUUCGUAUCAUACCAAUGUGGAGGAUGUAAGGCGAUUGUUUCGGAAGGUUGAUAGGCUAUUGAGGAGUCAGGAUAGGGUCGGGCUUGCUUUGUCCCGGAUUGUACCUUGCGAAGGGUUUCUCGGGGGAGGAUUGGCCGGGAAGCUGGGCGACCUACCCCCCGACGUAUACGAGCGUUGGGUGGAUGUCGUGAUGCAGUUUGUUGAGGAUGAAGCGUUAUUGGGCAACGCAGAUCACUGGUUGACUAUUGCAGAGAGAAGGGACUAG